GAAUCUAAACAGUUCUACAAACUGUUAAAUGAAUGGUUGAACGUUGUAAAAGAAACUAAACGGAAUCCUAUUCCAUAUCUAAAAUGGGCAUUAGAAGAAGUAGAUGAGAAAGAUCUAGUCACAAAAUUGACACAGAAGUUUGGCUCAACACAUGAUAUCGACGAUGACGACAUGGAACAGUUACAGAGUCAACUGACUUCUAGGGAUUUUAGCAUUACAGUAAAGCCACACACAAAUGACAGUCAGAUUAAUAUCCAAGCUGCAACAUUGGUAAUGGGUGAUGGCAACAAUGUAUUGAUGAGAGGUGAAGGAGAGGCAAGGACAGCAUAUGAUUUUGACAGACAAAUGACAAAGCAAGAUUCGAAAGAAAGCCUGAGUAAUGAUUAUCCAAAAAAUUUAUCAUCAAACGUAGUUGAUGGCCCAGGGGAGACAAUAGGAGCUUUCUGUCCUUUGGUUGACGAUUCAAGUGAGACAAGUGGAGCUCACGCUCGCAUGUUUGAUGGCAGGCAAGUAGUAUAUCCAGUAGCAGCACAAUCUGCAGUUGUUGGUAAAACGUAUGUUAUCAAUGUCACAAUUGGUGAAAAGUACAGACCCGAUCAUAUGAUAUGGAGAUGGAAACAGAAUAAAGAAGAUGCUUAUACAAAAUGUUUAUCAAAUUCUUCAAAAUACAACAUAGGAACUGUGGAGAAUCCUUCGUUAACAAUCAAUGAUGUACAAAAAACUGAUCGGGGUUAUUAUAUGUGCCAAGCUGUCAAUGCUACAGGAUCUGUCAAUAGCAAUGAUAUAUUUUUGAAAAUAUAUGGAGAAAUUCCAAAAUCCAUUAUCAAGGUUGAAGAAAAUGUUAUAUUCGGAACAACAGUUAUUCUUGAAUGUGAGAUUACAUCUUUACCAGAUGUAACGUCAUUGACAUGGCUCAAAAAUGGGGAUGAAAUAAGAAUAAAUGCGAAUGCCACCAAAUAUAGUGGAGGAACAAUUCAUCAACCGUCAUUGACAAUAAGCAAUGUUGAUGAUACUGAUAAAGCGGUGUACAAUUGUGAGGUGACAAACUUAGUUGGAACAGGGACGAGUAACUCAGUUGCUUUGAAUAUUAUAGAUAAACCAACAGUGAGAAUCGACGGCGCUGCUUUAGUCUUGACGGGAAGGACCACAACAAUUAGUUGUAAUAUUAAUGUUUCAUCCUCUGCACCAGUUACUAAAUUGACUUGGCUCAAAGAUGCUCGAAAAAUACAACUGGCAUCACACAGUUCUAAAUAUACUGGUGGUAGCAUCCAAACACCCUCUCUUACAAUACAUAAUAUUGAUGAACAAGACAAAGCUUCAUAUAGCUGCAAAGCUAAAAACAUUGUUGGAACAGGACAAAGUAGAGUUGUGCAGUUAGAUGUUGCAGUUAAACCAGUUAUAUUACUUUCGGCAUCAAAAUAUACCGUUAAAGCUGCUGGAUUCGUUACACUAAGAUGUGAAAUCAAAUGCCAUCCAAAACCCAAAAGAGUAGAGUGGUAUAGAUUGAUCGGGGAAGAGAAAACACUUAUAUCAGAAUUGUUAAAGUAUUCAGGGGGAACAGUCAACGUCCCGUCACUAACCAUAACAAAUAUUGGCUGCAAUGAUACAGGUUCUUAUGUUAUGUAUGCGCAAAACGACUUUGGGGAUAGUUGGAGUGACACAGUGACAGUUGAAGGAGAAACACCUGAGAUCAAGCUUUCUACAGCCUCUUCAGUGCUGUCAAGAAAAUCAAUCACCAUUAUGUGUCAUCUUAAAUCAGACAUAACAUCUCUGAAUUGGUUUAAAGAUGACUGUGCACUUAUGUUGGAUUGUAAACACUAUAUCGGCGGAAAUCUUGAUUCGCCGCAUUUGACCAUUACAGCCGUUUCCAAAUUAGACGAAGGGAGAUACACUUGUAAAGCAAGCAAUCGGUUUGGAACAAUAAGCAGUGAACAUAUUUCUUUUACGGUUAUAUUUGACACACCUCAGUUGAAUAUUCAUGAAGGACAAAUUUCAACCGAAGCUGGUACAAGUGUAAAAUUGAGUUGUGAUAUUAUUAGUGAGCCCUCCAUUACAAAAGUCACCUGGUAUAAAUCAGAAAAUUACAAAUCAAAUAAGGUUUCUUCAUCAGAAAGAUACGACGGUGGUACAGUUGAACAGCCAUCUCUCACUAUUGUUAAUGCAAAAGUAAACGACAGUGGUGUAUAUUUCGUCGAAGCAGAAAAUGUAGCCGGAAAAGAACGUAGCAAGGAUAUACAAUUAGAGGUCAAAGGAGCUCCACCUGUGAUUUCUAUACCAUUGAACAUUGAAGCAUGCGAGGAUCAGUCUGUAACACUUACCUGUAUAUUAAAGUCAGAACCUCAUGUCCAGUCUUUAGUUUGGUAUAAAGAAGUUGACGGAAAAGAAAGAGCUAUAGAUGUUAAUGGGAUGAACUAUCAUGGUGGAAAUUUGAGCAUCGCCGAAUUGACCAUACUGCACGCUGACAAAAUGGACACCGGAUGUUACAUGUGUCGCGCGUCAAAUUCGGUUGGAACAACUUCCAGUGGAAAGUGCUUCCUGCAGGUUCUAUACAAACCAGUUGUAAUAGUCCAAUUAGAAACGAAUGCUUGUGAUGGUCAAUUGGUCAAUAUAGAUUGUAAUAUAGACGCCAAACCAGACAUUGAUAGUUUGCAAUGGUAUAGAAUAAUCGAUGGACAAUUAGUUGAGUUGCUACAGACGAGUAAACGUUAUACAGGAGGAAACACACGACAUCCAGCCCUAAGCAUUAUUAAUAUAGGCAAAGACGAUGAAGGAAGCUAUAUAUGUAAAGCUACGAACAGUGUCGGAGAGGGUUUAAGUGAUGAAUGCCAAUUAAAAGUCUUCUGUAAGCCAAGAGUUUUGAUUGAAAAAUCCGCAAUAUCCUGUUCAACUGGACAAAACAUAUCAUUAGAAUGUAGAAUACAAGCAGACCCUGCGGUUAAACAUAUCAUCUGGUCAAAAGGAGAAGGAUAUACUAAAAACAGAUGGAACGUUUUAAAGAAAACAGAAAAUGAAACAAUGGAAGGGAGCAUUAAACCUUCAUUUACAAUUCGAAAUGUACAAAUGUCAGACAGUGGGCAUUAUGUUUGUGAAGCAACAAAUAUCGCUGGUACAACAUAUAGUGAACCAAUAACACUAGACGUAACCUCUGAAAUGCCAGAUUCCAAUAUAAUUCUUCUAGCAUAUACAACAGACGCCUGUACUGUAAGGACAUUUAAAGAAAACAUUCUGGAAGUCCCAAGUGAAAAGAAUAAUAUUCAUGUCGGUGAAUUUAUCUUUGAGGAAGGAGUUGACAAAAAUUUUCUAGACACUGUAGAUAGAGCAGUUCAAUCCUCAAAAAUAGUAUUUCUUCUGCUGUCAAACAAUUUUGUCUGUAAAGCAUGGCCGGAUGUAUCAAAUAUGUCAAACCUUUCCGACUGUCUAUAUUCAAGAAAAUCACUCAUAGUACCGGUAUAUUUAGAACAGUUCAUCAAUCUUCCAAUGGGACUAAGAUCAUUGCAAUGCUUGUAUUUUUAUAGAGGAGAUAAUGCUUACAAGAAGGCAUUAGGGAAAUUGUUGCAGGGAUCGUUUUAGAGCAUACUAUCACGUUUUUCAAAAGCAUUGUUUUUUUUUCUUCUAGAGACUUUUCCCUCUUUUUAUAUAUUAAACAAUGUCAUGUUUCAAAUUUGUUGCCUCACACUUGUUUUGAUUUAAUAAACCUUUUUGUGUAUAUAGGA